UUUCCCCUGUAUCGUUGUAUGAUUAAACGUUUAAGUUACUGGGCAACAAACGUCAACUGGACCCUCGCGUCGUAUGAAAUGAGCGCCGGAAAUAGCUCUGUGUCGUCCACGUUCGAGUACGCAAUGCCCAAAUGCGUGCCAUUGUGCACGAACGACAGCGUCUUGGACGAGUGGUCGAGCAUCACCUCCAGGGUGUCGCCGUCCUUGAACGGACUCGCAAACGGCGUGUCGUCGUGGCCCUGCAGCGAGCACAGCGACCCCUUGCGCACGUUUAUGUACCACCCCGAGUAAUUAAACACAAACACGGACUCGGCCCCGUGCGGCACUUCCCAGAACUUGGGCUCUUUUAUGAACCCGAUCGCGAUGGCGUUGCGAUGCUUGGACUUGGGCAGGUUCACCCGAACGCAAAAGCUGCUCACUUUGACGCUGCCCAUGGCCACGUUCCAGCCCAACCGAGUGGUCUUGAGCCGCGCGCCGCCGCGCCCACUCACGGUGGCGUGGAUGCCAACACGAGCCGGAUCCCACCGCAACGUAGUCGCGUUGUCCUGAAUAUUCUGCUGCCUUUGACGGGGCGGUGCGUGGGCGUGGGCGUGGUCGACCUUGGCGCGCUUGGGUUCGUGGUAGGUUGAAGGAGGUGGUGUGGGAUGCUUGGGGGAUCGACCAAGUUUUGGUCUAGCUGGCUUGCACUCCAACAAGGCGUUGGUGUCCGAGCUGUGUUCAUUGCCACUUGCGAGGUCAACCUGGCGAAGCGCCGAGGCUUGGACGUUCAGUCGGCCGCGUUGCCGUUCCAACGCAUUCAAGUGUCCCUCCAAGAAGAGCUGCAUGUCGUCUGGCAUGCCACGAAGCCUUGACAUUAACAAAUGAACUUGGUCGUAGCUCCUGUCACACUCGUCUUGUAGCGCGUCCAAAAUCGUGCUAAUUUGGUUGACGUCGUUGUGUGUAGGUAUGAGACGGUUGGAGGAUGCGUCGGUCGAUGUAGACUUGUGGGGGGAUUGAGGCGUAGUUCCAACAGACAUGUCCACUUCGUGCCAUACGCGCUCCUCGCCAUCCGCAGGGCUGACGGGAAGGACUUCUUUUGCGUUGCUCGUUUCGUCUGGUGGCAUCUCUGAUUCGACUUCACCAGUGCAUGGCACCUCGCUCGUCUCGCUCCACUCGUCACUGUGUAUCGACUUCGGCGAGCUUGGCAUUUCUGGGUUUACAGGAUCUAUCGGAGCUGUCGGCAGCUCACAUGCAGUAUCGCCGCCUGAUCGUGGCGGCUCCAUUAUCGUUU